UUUCUCCAGUGAUGGAUAACAGUUAAUCGGGCAUAGAUGUUUCCAUCGAUUUCUUUUUUGCUCUAACAGCUGACAAUCCGAUUCGCCAUGUUUGUGGUCUGUGCUAGCACAGAGGUCCUUUAGAGUGUAUUUGAGUCAUACGAAUCGUCGUAGCAAAACAACACCCGCCUGGUGUGGGCCGUUUCGCGCAUUCUCGAUUCCCGAUGAGCUCGAGCGGGGGCGGAGCGCCAGGCUCCGGAGGUGCAGGUGGGGCGGCAGGUGCAGCGGGUGGUGCAGAGGCUGGUGCACCCCCUGGUGCACCCGAGCCCCGUGGUGGCGGCGCAGCGGCUGUUGUGGGUGCUGGUGACGCAGCUACUCCGCCACCAUCUCCGCCAGCAAAUCCCAAUGAAAGCCCAUUGGAGAGUCCCGUGAACGGCACAAACCCCAAUGAUGAUCAGGAUGCCAAACGACGCAAAUGUCUGGAGACAGACGAUGCCCAGGAUGGAGCAAGCACGAUGGUCGAUGCAAACAGCGUUCUAAACAAGAUCGCUAACCUGUAUGCUGAGAAGCUUAUGUCGGACAUUGUGCUGCUCGUGGACGGAAAGGAGUAUCCGGCACACCGGGUCAUCCUGUGCGCCAGCAGCGAGGUGUUCCAAGUGAUGCUGAUGAACCCGGAGUGGAACGAGUGCAGCAAGCGCGUCAUUGAGCUGCACGAGGAGGCAUGCUGCUCGGCGGUGUUCCCGCAGUUCAUUAAGUACCUGUAUGUCGGACACAUUGCUGUCACCCUGCAGACGGUGAUGCCGAUGCUGGCGCUGAGCGACAAAUACAAUGUCCGCGACCUGAUAGACCUAUGCGUCGGCUACAUGACGAAGCAUGUGGCGAAGGCGGCCACCAGCGGCUACUUGGUCUCGUGGCUGCAAUACACGCUCUCCUUCACCCCCACCCACAACGAUCUCACCGAGACACUGAAGCGGUUCCUCAAAUGGAACCUGGAGAUGGUGGCCGAGUCGCGCGACUUUGUGGAAAUGGAUCCGGCCAUAAUGCAGCUCCUGCUGCAGCAGAACGACAUAGUCAUCACCAGCGAGUACAAACUGUUUGCCAUUGUGCAGACCUGGCUCCUGCACCGGCGGGAGCAAAUGGAGGCGGCAACCGGGUCCGGGGCGUCCGGUUCCGGGGCCAGUAGCAAUGCCAGCUUUAUGGAGCUAAUCGAACAGACGGUAACGCACAUCCGUUUCGGAAUGAUGACGCCGCAGGAACUGUCGCACCUGUCGCUGAUGGAGCCGCUGAUCGAGUACCACAAGGAGUUCCUCGUCGAUCGCAUAGCCAUUGGGAUGAGCUAUCAGUCCGGGCAGGAGGAUCGGGUGCGGGAGGUGCGGGCCACCGAGUCCGGUGAGCUGCAGUUCACGCCGCGCCUCUACUGGAACGACACCUGGAGCGUGGACAUAGACGUGCACAAUUUCGACGAGAUCGAGGACUACAAGAACUACGUGAAGCUCUUCUUCUCGCAGCGCCACAUCGCCGAGGUGGAGGAUGAUCCCUGCACCACCUGGGAGAUAGAGUUCUUUCCGCGCGGCGUCAUGUACAACAAGGCCAAGAUGGUGUGCGGCGAGGAUGUGCCAGGCUGCUCCCUGAACACGGUCCGCUUGCGGGUGACCUGCAAGCACCAGAACAUUGGCGAGGAGCGCUUCAAGAUUGCCGUGCUGAUCGUUGGUGUGCAGAACACGAUCUCACAUAUCCGCACGGUGGUGGAGCGCACAGAGUACUUCUCCGACACGUCGCGCGUCAUCAAUUUGGACAACCUGCUGCCCUACGAGGAGCUGGAGCACACAUCCCCAUACUUGAGCCCCCAUUUGACGGGCAAUCAGCGGAACACACUUACCCUGCACGUCCUCAUCACGCCGAUGGGCGCACAUACGUGCCGCGAUGCGCCGCCGUUCCAGUUUUAGGCUGGGACGGCCACCCUUCUACCCGUCUACCCAUCUAGCGGCACAGCUUCAUUCUUCCAUUCUUAUUUUAAUGUAUGUAUAGAUCCAAAUGCGACUGCUCCUCCUCCUCCUUCUGGGCUCAACGAGUGGCGGGAUGAACCCACGCGCAAUCCUCCUUCGAUACCCUGUCCAUUCCCGCCGCCAUAUGUUAAGUUUUUGUUAUUUUUUUUUUUUUAUUUUCACCCACUAAGUUAUAUAUGGCGCUACCCUCUGGGCAUGAGUCGUGCAGCUCCUAGGCUACGGUAAAAUAUAAUGCAAUAAAUGUCACAUCCCCCAACUAGCCAA